CUUAAAAAUAUUUCUCUUUUAAGGUGCUCUGCUCUCUGGUCUCUGUCUCCAUUAUUCUUCAGCUGAUUUGCCAUCAUUACACAGUACAUAUACUAUUUUACAGCUAAAACCACCUUUGAAAUCACAAAAAAGCUGCUUUUUACACUAUCCUUUUUGCUUUUAUCACGCUUGUUGAUCUCCAUUGCAAAUCUUGAAAUUACACUCUUCUUCUUGCUGCUACCUCUCAGUUCUACUCAUCAACAAUGGCAAUCAUAACUGAAGAACCAGACUCCCGAAGUCCACUGAAACAACGAAAACCCCUUAAACCCACGUCAAAACCUUCUCAAUCAACCUCCCCAAAACCCAUUAAAUCCACCAAAACUACAAAUGCGACAAACCCAUUUCAUUUCUGGUUCUAUUUCACCAUUUCAGUCUCUCUUGUAACCCUCAUAUUCAUGAUUUUCACUUCUCUUUACCCGCAAGACCCUAAAACAUGGUUUCUUAGCCUGCCCCUAAAUCUACGACAACACUACGCUAAAGGGCGAAAUAUCAAAGUUCAAACAGCUCCUAACCAGCAACAAAUUGAAGUUUUUGCUAUCCAAGAAGGACCAUCAAAGUCUUCUGAUCAGGUACUUAUUGUACAUGGACUAGGAUGUAGCUCUUUUGCGUUUCAAAAAGUUGUGAAUUUUUUGGGUGUUAGAGGUGUUCAUGCUGUUGCUAUCGAUCUGCCUGGUUCUGGGUUUUCGGAUAAGACGAUGGUUGUGGAGGAAGAGCAUGUGGAUGAUGGGGUUCUAGGGAGGCUUAAGGAUAUGUAUAAUGAAAUUCAAGAAAAGGGUAUAUUUUGGGGGUUUGAUCAACUUGUUGAGCAGGGGUAUGUGAACUAUGAGGAAAAUAAAAUCCGGGUUUCGAAAAGAAAUGUUGUUAAGGCUGUUGAUUUGGGUCCUGAAGAGAUUGGAAAAGUGUUGGGGCAAGUGAUUGAUACAAUGGGAUUGUCACCUGUGGAUUUGGUUUUGCAUGAUUCAGCAUUGGGUUUGACUGCUAAUUGGGUUUCGGAGAACCGUGGAUUGCUUAGAAGUGUGGUGGUUCUAGAUAGUGCGCCGACUGGAACAGCAUUGCCAUUAUGGGUGUUGGAAAUGCCAGUGUUAAGGGAUGCUGUUUUGGGAUUGGGAUUUGCUUUUAGGAGAUUACUUGGAACGUGCUGUUCUAGAUCGGUUGGUAACUUGGAGGCUGAGGGUCAUAGGAUUCUUUUGAAGGGAAAGGAUGGAAGAAGAGCUGUUGUAGGGAUGGGGAAGAGCCUGAAUUGUAGUUUUGAUUUGAAUGAAUGGGCUGCUUUGGAUGGAGUGAAAGGGCUACCAAUGCAAGUAAUUUGGUCUGAUGCCUUGUCCAAGGAGUGGACCGAGGAGGGACGUCAAGUUGCUGAUGCAAUCCCUCAGGCAAAAUUUGUCAGUCAUUCUGGUGGGAGAUGGCCCCAGGAGCAUAAUUCUGAGGAGAUAGCUGAAAGUAUCUAUCAAUUUGUUUCCUCCUUGCCGAAGAAUGUGAAACAAACUGAAGAACCUGUACCUGAACAUGUCCAGAAGAUGUUUGAUGAAGUGAAGAGUGGCGAUCACCACCACCACCACGGUCAUGAUAGCCAUGGCCACGAGCAUGAUCAUGGUCAUGGACAUGCUCAUGCCGGAUAUAUGGAUGCAUAUGGGCUUGGUCAAGAGUGGGCCAUGUGAUUUGCUUUCUAGAAUAUGUACUCUCUUGAUUGCUUUCCAAGUUUUAAGACUAGACUAGUAUCAUACCCUUAAAUUCCUCUCUUUUCCCCCCCUCUAGCUGCAGUUUCAUAGUGGUGACUGCUCAGAGCUUUUCUGCUAUCUAAUUUUUGCUAUUGUACUAGUGUUGACACUAUGUAUCAGAUCAAGCCAAGAGUUGUAAUGUAGUUUGAGGUGUAGUCAGACUGAUGCUGGCUGCUUCACACAAAUCUUUGAAAUACAUGUCUCUCUUUGUAAAAUCUAAGAUGCAAUACUUGUAUACUUCA